UCACGACUCACAGAUUACAAGACCCACAGCUGCAUGCGGUCAUGCGAGGAAGGAGAACCAGCGAGAACCUGUGAAUAUCACUUCACCGUGGAAUGGUAUUUUGUGCUGACAAAAGCCUGCUACAACUGUCCCUUUAACAAGACGGAUUGUUACCGGCCUCACUGCAUCUCCGCAGAUGGCUUCCCGAGAGCCGUAGUGGUCGUAAACCGCAUGCUUCCGGGACCAGCAAUUCAGGUAUGUGAAAACGACGAGAUCGUGGUGACGGUUGACAACAAGCUGAACAUGGCUGAGGGAACUACUAUCCAUUGGCACGGCAUUCACCAGAAGGGCACCCCUUACAACGACGGUGUGGAAAUGUUGACCCAGUGCCCUAUUCCCGCACACACCCAAUUCCAAUACAGGUUUAUUGCCGACACACCGGGAACACAUUUCUGGCACUCCCACGCCGGAUUGCAGAGGUCUGACGGUUAUUUCGGGGCUCUGAUUGUACGACAGACUCCAUCCGCUGACGUCCAUUUUGACCGAUAUGACUACGAUUUGUACGAGCAUAGCAUCCUGAUUACCGAUUGGCUAACAGAGGUGUCAGUCAACAGGUUCACCCAUCAUCACCAUGACGACGGAGACAACAAACCUAAAUCCAUGUUGAUUAAUGGAAUGGGUGCUUAUCAAGAAUUCUUCGACCACACCACAAAUCAGACCGUAUUCACACCGAAAGCUGAGUUUAAAGUCUCUAAGGGAUAUCGCUAUAGAUUUCGAGUUAUCAGCAAUGGUGUUUUAAACUGUCCCAUCCUGUUCUCAAUUGACAACCAUACACUGGAGGUCAUAGCAUCGGAUGGGGCACCGUUUGAACCGUAUACCGUCGAUUCCAUUGUCGUGUACGCUGGGGAAAGGUUCGACUUCAUCCUGACCGCCAACGAGACAGAGGCGAACUACUGGCUUCGGCUGCAGGGAUUAGCGGAUUGUGGCCCGCAGUUCUCCAUGUCAAAACAGACGGCCAUUUUGAGAUAUGAUGGAGCUCCAGACGGGGAGGAUCCGCAGGGAGAAACGGACUAUUUCAGCAAUGCAAGGGAGGGUAAACAACUGAACCCGCUGAACACGCGAGAAACAGCAGACAUGGUUCCUAUCGCCAAGAUGAACGCUUCCUUUCCAGAUGACGAUGUUUCUGGUACACCGGACAAAAAGUUUUUUAUCGGCAUGGAUUUCCACAAAAUCGACAACAGAUAUUUCCACGACUCUAAAUAUUACCCUGUAUACGCCAUUGAACGGAAAAAGCAUUUAUACACCCCACAGUUCAACAAAAUCACCAUGAAGCUGCCGCCAUCACCACCUAUCAGCCAGCUUGAUGACCUGUCAGAGGACUUAAUUUGUAACGAAGACACUGUUACUAAAAACUGCACAGAGGAACAUUGUGAAUGUGUGCAUAUAUUGCAAGUGAAGCUAAACGAUCUAGUAGAAAUCAUUGUUGUGGACGAAGGCGUGACCUUCAAUGCCAAUCACCCGAUACAUUUGCAUGGCCACGCCUAUAGAGUGGUUGGAAUGGACAGGCUGGGUGAGAGCACGUCCGUGGCAGAAGUGAGGCGCCUGGACGAGGCGGGUGAGUUAGCUAGGAACCUCUUAUCUGCUCCCCGUAAGGACACCGUAACUGUGCCUGACGGAGGCUACACCAUAUUUAGGUUCCGAGCAAAUAACCCAGGUUUCUGGCUGUUACACUGUCACAUAGCGUUCCACGCUGAGAUAGGAAUGGCUGUGGUCAUACAAACAGGGGAGAAGAAAGAUCUGCCCAAAGUACCAGAAAACUUUCCAAGAUGUGGUAACUACAUCAACACGGGGAGACUCCAAGGCGAAGAGAAUACAACGCCAAGCAAACCAGAGUGUCCUAUGCCUAAUGGGACAGAAUCCUUCCAACAUUUGGCUCCGUCCGUUUUUAUUCUUGUGUGUAUACUGUAUGAAAUGCCAUCAGGUAAAAAUGGUAAAGCCGACUGGCUGACUGUAGUGGGAGGAGACUAUUUUAAGUUGGACAUUAUCAAAAUCGGCACAAAUCCGAAAGUCUGA